UAGGGCAGAUUUUCAUCAAUAAAAAGUCAUAAACAAAAACAGAAAAGAAUCAGCAUAAAUAAAUCAAAAAUGCAGCAGAGCACAACAAGUUUUAAUACAAUCAGUGGUGAUUUUGAGUGCUUCCAGAACUUCACCAGUUCUGAAGUGUUUGUUCAUCAAUUAGCUGGUCUUACAAAUCCAAGCGAUAUUAAUCAAAUUAUUAAGAGUCAAAAACAAAUGCUUCAAAGAUUCGAAAAGACCAAUGAGAUGCUCCUUAACGUCAAUGCAUUAAGCCAAAAUAGACUCAAAAAUGUCACAGAAGACUAUAAGAAGCAUUCAAAAUUAUUAGUAGAAAUGAAAAAGGAUCUCGAGUAUGUCUUCAAAAAAGUCAGGUACAUCAGGGGUAAAUUAGAGAACAAAUAUCCAGAAGCAUUUGCAGAACAAGCAAAAAGAGAAAACACACAGAAUUUAGAUGAACUAGAUGAGGAAAAGGAGGAAAACAUUACGUACGAACAGCUUGAGUCUAUCAAAAAUGAGAAUGAUCAUGUCGAUAGUGCUCUUGAUGCUUUAGAUUCAUAAAGUCAUUGGAUAUGCUUUAUAUUGUAAUUUUA